UACCUUGAAUCAAGGUCAAUAAUCGGUUACAGUAGAGGUCGUCUAAGAAAAACAAAGAUGGUGUUUGACAGUUGAAAGUAGGUUAAAAACACGAAAAAUGAGCGAGUGAGGACUACAAUAACUUUAAUUAUACAUUCAAGAAGUUAAAGGAUAUGCAGUCUAUCCUAGGCUAUGGUCGGCAGUUUUUCAGGGCAUUCGCUUCGACAACAGAGUUCAAAACAAAGCAACAGCCAUGUGAACCUCUAAAGUUUGUCUCCGGAUGCGCUGGAUUCUCAAAGUCAUUGUCACCCAGUGGCAGAUGUGUCGAUUCAAAGAGGCUAACGUUUGGAGAUGAUGCUUAUUUUAUUGCAAGAGAUAAUCAUGCAGAAGUUAUAGGUAUAGCAGAUGGUGUAGGUGGCUGGCGGAACUAUGGCAUUGAUCCAUCUUUGUUUUCGUCCUCUCUUAUGCAAGUGUGUGCCAGACUUGUACAGUGUGGGCACCUGAAGCCCCAAAAUCCAGCAGAUCUCAUUCACAGAGGAUACCAGGAGCUCUUGGCAACAAAACUGCCGCUUAUAGGUGGCAGUACAGCAUGUGUUGUAGCUUUGCACAAAGCUGAAAACAUGCUCUACACAGCCAACCUAGGAGACAGUGGCUUUCUCCUGAUUCGAGAUGGAAACGUGGUCCACCGCUCAGAGGAGCAGCAGCAUUACUUCAACACUCCAUUCCAGCUGACAGUGGCUCCACCAGAGAAGGAAGGGCUUGUGCUCAGUGAUAGUAUUGCAUCUGCUCAUAAAAGCUCAUAUAAAGUUCAAGAGGGUGAUGUUCUGCUGAUGGGCACAGAUGGUCUUUUCGACAACAUGCAUGAAGACAUGAUUGUGGAUUACAUAACCAAAUACAAGAACCACAAGGACUCUUCUAAAGUAGCAGCCAGUACUAUUGCAGAGAAGGCCCACAGCUUGUCCUUUGACCCAGACUACCUCUCACCAUUUGCCUUAUCAGCUAUAGAUUCGGGCAUUCAGCUGAGAGGAGGAAAACCAGAUGAUAUUACUGUGAUAGUUGCAACAGUGUCUGCAGACCAUGGCACAUAGACUACGCUUCCCACAUACAUAUAUCAUGUUCAUCUCCUUCCAAGACUGAGACUGUGUAAGAUUGAUUUUUGUGGAAAACAGCGGACAUUGAAUGAAGGCAGUACUUAUGAAAAAAAUCUGCAAGAAGGAUUUAAUCCUAUGAACAAGUGUUUUAUAGGAAGAGAAUGUAAAGAUUUAUUGUAAAUGCAUCAGUUAGAAAUGGCUCAUAGCUUCAAGCAGAUGUGUCAUGCUCGCAAAUGUGGUAAUAAACAAUAGCAGUUAAACAUUCCAAGUGUCAAUGAGGGGUUUUCCAGUAUAACAUGUUCCAGAUGCGCCAACACAUAUGAACAUGGAAAACACCAUUUAUUUCCCAGAAUAAAAAGUAAAAGCUUUGUCAGUUUUAUACAACAUAAAAAUAAUCUGUAUAUAUAGUGUUAUUCAGUAAAAAUUAACUUGAAAUAACAAAGUUUUUAAGCCCUGUAAUUCAAUAAAGAUCGAUAAAAACAGUAAUUAGAAAAAUAAAUUGGAUGAACACUAAUGCUGUUAACAGAUUAGGGAGGGUAUUCACAUUUUGCACCCGAAACAUUAUACCUGUGAUACAAUGCAUAUUGAAUGUUAUAUUGGCAAUUUAUUUUGCAGUAACCAAAAUCAAAACCAUGAACUGCUGAGUUCCCAUGUACAUUGUGUUGAUACAAGCCUGAGCAUAAGUUUGAGUGAUGUUACUCAGUAGGUUAGUUUGGUAUAGGUGACACUGCUUAUGCUCAGCAAGUGACUGGUUUUCAGCAUCCACAAGAUGUAAGUGGUAUGUUUUCUCAUAAACACCAGGCAUUUAUCUUGUUUGAGGCUGUAGCAUUAAACUGCCUCCAUAGAUAUAAAAUUAAUCUUGAUGUAUUUGAAAUUACUUAACCAUGAAUAUUGCAUGUCUUAUUGUAUUGCCAUGGUUUUAUGAUGUUGAAUUCAAGUACAAUAUACAUUUUUACAUGUAAGUAUAUGAAAUCAGGAUUGUUUAAUAAAUGUUAAAUUUG